CGACUCCGAGUUACGGGGCGGAUGGUUAAUCUGUUCGGGUCGCUCGUUGUGGAAGGUUGUUUCGAAGUCGCUCCCCAGAAUAAUGCGAAUGCGAGUGCGAGUGCAUUUCCUCGACCUGUGAACGCAACGCCGGCUUGCCAAUACGAGUGCGAUCGCCGCUGAAUCUAUUUUCGCCAACUGCAAUAAUACGAAACAGAAUCCAACACAGCCUUACAAAUACAAAAAAUCCACGCAAAUAAACAACAAAUAAUCAAAAACAAAGGCAAGGCAAUCGCGAGAAACAAAUGCAAGUCGCAAAAAAAUCGCAAAAAAUCGCUAAAAUCGCAAACCGCUAAUGAAAUAUAGUACUGUUAGGGUUAUGUCAUGGAAAGUCUUUAGAAACCUGUGAAAUUUCGAAGAUUUUGAAAUCGUGCUAGACACGCGUGUUAGAUAUUUGCACACUUUUUUUGCGAACCGAGACCGCCUCCGCAUCUCGUCCAGCUCAGAGCUCCACCGGCUUCUCCAUCCGUUCGCCUACGUCCACCUUUUAUUGCUCACGCGUGUUUUGGGGCCUUUUGUUGUUGUGCGCGCGUGUGUGUGAGUCGCCGAGUCGCGCUAGUGCCCCUCUCUGUGUUUGUGUGUGUUAGCCGGCAAGUGCAGAUUGUGUUUGUGUUGGUGCGAACAGCUGUUCCCCCACCAGCAUGCAAAAAUAAAUAUCUAUAUAGCGCCAGAUCCCAAAGCACUGCUAAAUCGAAUUCAGCAAAUCAUCCAGCAUCCUUGUCAUCCUCGUCGUUGCACCACCACCACCACCAGCCUACGAAAUGGCGGCCAGGAGCAUCCGGGUGGCGCAGCUUCUGCUGUUUGCUCUGCUCUGCGGACUCGUCGGCCUGUCAGCCGCCAAGCACCUGGGCGACGGCACCAGCUCAGCCCACCACCACCACCAGCACAGCGCCUCCACGCACCACCGACGCCGCCUGCAGCGGGACUCGCGGGCCAAGGACUCCUCUAGUGCCGGACACCAGUGCGAGGCCGUCAAGAGUUACUUCGAGUCGAUCGACAUCAAGUCGAGUGGGGCUUACAACGAAAAAGGAGCCGUUUGCGGCGGAAGCUGUUGCAACAAUGCCACCGAAUCGCAGCUCCGGGAAAAGGCCUCCGGAAUGUUCGAGCAACUGCUCCACCACCACACCAGCAGCCUGCGCGGCGUCCUCGAGACGAACGCCAAGCAAUUCCAGGGUCACGUCCUGGAAUUGGCCCAGCAGUCGGAGAACAGGACACUGGCCGUCUUCUCGAAGGUUUAUACGCGAAUGGUACCGCUCUCCCGCAUGCUGAUCCAGCAACUCUACACGGAAAUCAUGAACCAUCUGAUUUACACCUCGAACUAUACGAAUGGCCAGCACAGCGGCCGGGGCAUCGGCAGCAUCCAGAGCGGCCUGGAGGACGCAGUUCAUCAGUUCUUCGUGCAACUCUUCCCGGUGGCCUACCACCAGGCGGUGCACGUCAGCAAGAACUCCUACGGCGAACUGCACGAUGACUACAUCAACUGCUUGAAGCACCACUUUGACGAUAUGCGUCCUUUUGGGGAGAUACCCCGGGAACUGCAAUCCAGUCUCGUGCAGAGCGUCCACCUCUCGAAUGUCUUUAUGAAGGCCCUGCUGGAGAGUGCCGAGGUACUGAGCGAGGCGGACAGUCUCUAUGGGUCACAGCUGUCGGACACCUGCAAGAUGCAUCUCCUUAAGAUGCACUACUGCCCCAAUUGCAACGCCCACCAGCCGUCCAGCAAGGAGACAAAAGUCUGUCACGGUUAUUGCAUGAACGUGCUGCGAGGCUGCUCGGCGGAAUAUGCCGGACUCCUUGACAGUCCCUGGUCGAGUGUGGUGGACGCUCUGAAUAAUCUGGUUACCAGCCACAUCCUCGCGGAAACCGGCAUCAUCAAUGCCAUCAAGCUGCUGGACUCCAAGCUCUCAGAGGCCAUAAUGCAUGCCAUGAAGAACGGACCCGAACUGGAACAGAAAGUAAAGAAGACCUGCGGAUCACCUACCCUUUCGCCAUCGCUGACCAGCGAACCGGAAACGAGGCCACCACAGCACAAGGGCAGCAUCAAGUGGGCCACGCCCCCAGACCCAGGAAUGGUUCGAUUCCUCUCCACCAUCGACAAGACCAAGGAGUUCUAUGCGAACAUUGUGGAGAACUUCUGCAAUGAACAGUACUCCCUGGAGGAUCGCUCCUGCUGGACAGGCGAUCGUUAUGGCGAUUAUACCCAACUACUGAUUGGUCCAGGACUGGAUAGCCAGCGCUACAAUCCGGAAGUUCCCCUCAGGUCCUCGGCACAGCUCACUACACUCAAUGAGCUUGUGGACAAGUUGAUUAAAAUUCGCAAAAACAUUGGAGCAACGGUACCACCAAACAGCAUACAAACACAUGAUAUACAAAGCGAUAUGGGCCACGAGGGCUCUGGAGGAGGCGAGGGUCGUAUCGAUGACGAUGAGGAGGACUACAGCAGCCAGCAUGGUUCCGGUGAUGGAUCCGGCGAUGGUGCCACAACCAUUGACGAUACGGACAUCACCACCAACGAAGUGGAUGACCGCAAUACCCAUGGCAACACAAGUGGGUCGAACUCGCUGGGUCCUGCUCUGGGCACGGCGACGAGCCUGCUCCUCACUCUAGUCACAAUACUCCUCAGUAGAUGUAGUUAAGGCCACUGCUGGAUCCUCAACCCUAAAACCCACAAUCAUAGCCCCCAAGUCCCCAAAAGAAGGGAUUAUACCACAAAAAUGUGGAUCAACUUUAGCCACAAAAUCGGAGAGAAACAGCAAAUGCACAAGAAUCGAGUUGAAUCAUUAAUUAAUAACUAUUAUCAUUAUUAUUAUUAUUUGUGUAAUUCUUAAGUUGUUAAAAAGUAAUUUAUUAGGAGCUAAGCGCAUUCAUCCAGCAAUCGAUCGACUAACAAGCACAAAUAAUCCGAAAACGAAACCGAUACCGAAACUGCAAGCCCUGAUAUCCUUCUAGCUUUUUCCAAAUCCAAGUUUUUGAGCUCAUCGAAUUUCCAAAAGGCAGAAUCCAACUAGACUUGUGUGCCAUAUAAAUGUGUUGGAUAUCUGCACUGAAAAAAAAAAUAAUAAAUUAGAAUCAAUCGAAAAAUACUAAAGCUAAUUAAAAAUUAAAGCAAUCCUCUCCCUUAGAAAUGUGCAGUUUGUUCAGAUAAAUGUUAAAAAAAAACUUAUAAUCGUAAAGCUCAAUGUUCAAAGCAAGUUGUUCCUUUUCGGUGUAAUAUUAAACAAAUAGAAUCAAGAGAAAUCAGAGUUAUAGGCACCACGUUCAAUCAAGAAAUAAAAACAAUAUUAUACGUAAAGGAUAUAAAUCUGUUAGCUAUAUAGAACUUGAACGAAAUUUUUGUUGUCUACACACUGUCUUUCGAACUGAACAAUUGAGAAAUUUAAGCGAAUGGAAUUUAGUUGAGUAAAACGCACUUUACGGAAAAACUAGAAGACUUACAGCUUUAUACGCAAAAAAAAAUGGAAAACAAAAAAAGCAAAAAACAGAAAAUCUAUUGAUAUAUACGUAUAUUAUAUAAUAUGUAGCAUUAUUUAAAUUAUAUGAACAAAGAGGAUAGACCUUGAGGUAAUGUCAUGAAAUGCAUUCAGCUAAUUAGAGUUUAUGGAGGGAGUCUAGGUGCGUUCGAGACCGCAGAGGAGAUUUAAGCGCACAAAAUCACAGUUCGCAGUUCGCGUUUUGCAAAUUCAAAAAAUGCAUUCAAAAACGAAACUAUUGUUGCAAUCUUACAGAUACUUUACAGUGGGCACAGCGCUGCGGCAUCAAAUCCAAAGGGGCAGCGCUUGCAACACUCUAAAAAAACAAACAAUACAAAAAAACAAACAAUAUAUAUAUACAAAAUAAUUAAAUCGUAAAAUAUAUAUGCUAGUGCGUAACAUUGUAACGAUUAGCUCGUAAUGUGUAAAAAGCAAAAAUCAGUUGACGGAGAACAACAAUUUAGUUAGUAGCAAAUUAACAAAGGAAGUACCGCCGCCGAACCGGUAUAUAUAUGUAUCGCUAUAUCCAUAUAUCGCGGCACUCUAUAUGUAUAAUUAUUAUUUGUAUCAUUAUUAUUUAACUAUUGCAUGUGAUUAAUAAUAUUUAAGUUAAACGUAAAUGCAACAUAUUAAAUCGUAACUUAUGUAUACCGCUAAAGAAGCAGAAAACAGCAAUGUGCGACACAAAAUCAUCAUCGUUGUUAAUCUAUUUGAGAGAUAAAUAACAGAAAAUUGCACUAAAAACAUAAAUGUACUACUUUUAGAUGCCUAAAACAAAACCAAUAAUAAAUAAUUAUGUAACAAGAAA